UUUGCGGAUCAAAUAUUCAGUUGCUGGGAAAUUAGUUGGAUUUUCAGUUUCAGCAAAGGAAAAAGGAGAGAAGGAAAUGUCAAUUCUAUCAACAUCACCAUCGGCGAAUCUUCACGAAAUCGACGAUGCCCAAACCCUAAUCCCCGGCCUCCCAAACGACGUCGCCGCCCUUAUCCUUUCCUUCCUCCCGUACUCCCACCACUGCCGCCUCAAGCCCACCUGCAAGCCCUGGUAUAUCUUCCUCUCCUCCAAGACGCUCCUCUCGCUUCGCCGUCGCAACCGGAGCUCCCAUCUCCUCUGCAUCUUUCCGGAAGAUCCUCACAUUUCUUCCCCUUUCCUCUUCGACCCCGAACACCUCGCCUGGUGUCCCUUACCCCCCAUGCCUUGCAACCCUCACGUGUACGGCCUCUGCAAUUUCACUUCCAUCUCUCUCGGCCCACACAUCUACGUUCUUGGCGGCUCUCUUUUCGACACCCGCACUUUCCCCUUAGACCGUCCUUCCCCUUCUUCCUCUGCUUUCCGCUAUAACUUCGUUACUUCCUCCUGGGAUCGCCUCGCGCCUAUGAUUUCCCCGCGCGGGAGUUUCGCUUGUGCUGCAAUCCCCAGCGCCGAUCAAAUCAUAGUUGCCGGGGGUGGUUCCAGGCACACCAUGUUUAGGGCUGGUGGGAGUAGGAUAUGUUCGGUAGAGCGGUACGACGUGGAGAAGGAUCAAUGGGAAGCGUUGGACGGGUUGCCUCGGUUUCGAGCUGGUUGCGUGGGUUUUACAGUUAUAGGAGACGGGGAAGAGAGGGAGUUUUGGGUGAUGGGUGGGUAUGGAGAUUCGAGAACCGUCUCGGGUGUGUUCCCGGUCGACGAGUACUAUAAGGAUGCAUUGGUGAUGGAGUUGAAGGAAAAUGGGGAUGGGAAGUGGAGGGAAGUUGGGGAUAUGUGGGGACAGGGGGAGACGCCUCGGUUCGGGAAAAUCGCAGUGGUGGAGGAUGAGGAAGGGGGUAAUCCUCCUGCUAUUUUCAUGCUCGAUGAUUAUGAUAUCCUCAUAUACAACAUGGAUUCAAAUCGUUGGCAAAAGGAGUGCAGUGUACCAAGGCGAACUGCUUGUGAGACUUCAUUUGGUUUUAUUGUUAUGAACGGGGAGUUGCAUGUGAUGACAAUUGUAAAUGGAAUUGAUUCAACCGAAACUCGGCGAUCACGACAGCAGAAGAGGACGGGGACAUUGUUCAUUCAGAUAUAUCAUCCUAAGAAGAAGACCUGGAGAUUCCUUAUCACGAAGCUGCCAUUCCGACAGCCUUUGGAUUUAAGUACCACAGUUAUGUGCCCGUUUCGACUGUAGAUGUAAGAACACCUCCUGCCUAGUGCCGCUAAUCAUAUGUAAAUAAUCCGACGAUUCAUAUAUUAUUUUUUGUUGAUAUUUCUGGUUCUAUAUUUGUGUUGUGUAGCUUGUAUGUAUGAUAUAUAUGGUUAUCAAGAUGUCAAUGCCUGGUGGAUAAAAGAAACAAUAGCUUAUGUAAUUGAACUACUAA